AUGCGAAGUCACACGCCCCAAGGUGGCGAUGGCUCACACAGCCGGCGGAGCUCUAAUUCGAGCAACCGGUUUCGUGCCAGCGUCUCUGGCCUUCCCAGACCUCAAGCCCCGUCCGUUCGCGAGUCCCGCAUCUCCUUUCGCGCCAGUCAACCGACAAACAACCACACGAUUACCGGCAUCGGGGGAAUAGACUUUGCACGAGCGCCUUCGCAGCAGAGCAUGGGGGCCGACUCUGGGCGCCCCAGCUCGCGCGAGAGCUACAAGGAAAAUGUGGCACCGCCCGACGCCGACGAAUACGAAAAGUACCGCCGCGAGAUUGAGUCGCUCAAGGCCGAGAUUGGCACGCUGCAGUACAGAAUGCAGACGUCCGAGUCGGAAAAGGAGAUUGCCCUGUCGCAGCAAAGCAACCGGGUAGAGCAAGCGCGCCGACGGGAGCAGGAGGAGGCACAGCUGAGACGACUGGCCGAGUCACAGAAGGCGGCAGCCGACGAGAAGAUUGAGGCCGCCUGGAACGAAAUGGACGCUCUCAAGAAGUCGGUCGACGCGGACAAGAGGGCGCUGGAGCGUCGGGCGCGGCAGGCUGAAGAUGAGGCGCGCCUUCUGCAGGAGCAGCUCGAAGAUCUGGCCAAUGCCAAAGAUGAGGCGGCGCGGAUGGCGGACAAGAAGACCAGCGACCUGCAGAUCCAGGUGACGGCAAUCCAGAGCUCCCUGAAUGAGGCCGAAGAGGAGUCACGGACCAAGGAUGCGGCGUUGCAGCAGGUGCAGGCGCAACUGUUGGACCGGGACGCAUACAUCUCAGAUCUCGAGGCUGAUGUGCUCCGACUGAAGGCGCACAGCGGUGACGCCGAGACGAUGCAGAUCAUCAAGACGGAGCUGUCGGAGCAGGUGGCGCACAUCCGGGCGCUCGAGGCGACGAACAGACACCAGCUGGGCGAGCUCAAGCGCCUGCGAGCGACCAACAAGGCGGUCGAGGUGGUGGAGGAGGAGAAGAGGACGCUGAUGCGCAAGGUAGAUGCGGCGGUUGACCUCGAGCGCGAGCUGGCCGAGGAGCGGCUGCAGCGGCAGAGGCUCUCGGAUGAGCGGCUGGCGUGGACGUCAUACCUGGAGCGCGAGGGCGACGACGACAUGCGCUUCGACUCACCAGAGGAGAUGGCGCGUGCGCUGGCCGAGGAGCGCAUCAACUCGGCAUCUCAGCUGGAGCACAUAGGCGAGUUGCAGGCUAAGCUGUCGUCGUACGAGGCGACGAUGGCAUCGAUGGAGGACAAUAUUGCGGCCCUCAAGGCGGCGGUGGAGGAGACCAAGUCCGUGACGAACGCGGUCAGUGCCGACAAGGCCCUCAUGCGCGUCGAACGCCAGCGCGCCCUAGCUGUCAAGGAGGUCGAGUACCUGCGCGCGCAGCUCAAGACGUUCGACGUCGAGGACGAGACGAUGCAACCGGAGCAGCACGACGAGGCCCGCGCGGUCCGCAUCCACGAACUCGAGACGGUCAUCGACGAGUACAAGGCCGAGGUGCAGAAGCUGCACGCUGAGCUGUCGGCGGCCGAGGCAGGCGGCACGUCUUCCGGGGCGGCCGGGUCCGGGCCGUCGACGCCACAGGCCAGCGCGGGAAGCAAGCGGCAGCGGUCGUCGUACGACGACGGCGGCGGCGGCGGUGGCGGACACAACGACGCGGCGAUCGCGGCGGCCAACGAGCAGAUCGGGCAGCUGAUGCGCAAGAACCACAAGCUGCAGCAAGACACGACGAGCAUGAAGUCGCAGAUAGCGCUGAUGGAGAAGGACCUGAUGGCGACGCGCGGGCAGCUCCGGGCGGCCAAGCACCAGAGCUCGACGCGCGUGCUGUCGCUGCGAUCGAACCCGACGGCGGACCACGAGGCGGUCAAGCGCGCGACGCUGGACGCGCUGCAGAAGGAGAACAGAGACCUCCUCGCAACGCUGCAGUCGCGCGAGGCCAGCAAGCCCACCGACGUGCCCUACAUCCCCAAGUCGGUCCUGGGCGCCAUGGAGCGGCAGGUGGCGGCGGCCAAGGCGGAGACGGCGUCGGCGCAGAAGUCGGCCCGCCGCCUCAAGGAGGUGUGGGCGUCCAAGUCGAACGAGUUCAAGGAGGCCAUCUUCUCCACGCUCGGUUGGACCGUCACCUUCAUACCCAACGGCAAGAUGCGCGUCGAGAGCACCUUCUUCCCCUCGCAGACGGACGAGAACGAGAACUCCAUCAUCUUUGACGGAGAGAGGGGCACCAUGAAGGUCGGCGGCGGGCCCAAAAGCCCCUUUGCCCAGAGGAUAAGCGACCAGAUUGGAUUCUGGGUCAGGGAGAAGGGGUGCAUCCCCGGUUUCCUGGCGGCCCUGACGCUCGAGUUCUACGAGGAGCAUAAUAACCGGCUGUCCACGUAG